AUGGCUCCUGCCGCUGCUCAUGCUGCAGAUGGGAUCAUAUCGCCUAUCGAUGUGCAGUCUAUGCCACCCUUCUGGCGUCGCAAGAAUGGUAUACUGUUGUACUUUCUCCUUACAUCAUCACUACUAGCAAGCGCUGCUCUCGGUAUAGAUGGAUCCAUGACAAACGGCAUGCAAGUUCUCUCAUCUUGGCAAGACCGAUUUGGACAUCCUCAAGGGGCCAAAUUAGGUUUCUUUGGAGCUUCAAACGCCAUUGGCGGUGUCAUACCGUUCAUCUUCCUGAGCUGGAUCGGUGAUAGGUUCGGCCGUCGCCUUCCUACAUCGUUGGGCUCAAUUGUCAUCAUUGUUGGUGUCAUCAUCGAAUUCUUUGCCACCUCAUUGAACAUGUACAUUGGUGGAAAAAUUGUUCUGGGCGUGGGUUCAUCUCUAAUCCAGAUGGGUGCCCCCGUCUUGGUAACCGAACUGUCCCACCCCAAGGAACGUGUCCAAAUCACCACAUUUUAUAACACAUCUAUCGUGCUUGGAUAUGUCAUCGGUGCCUGGGCAACGUUUGGCUGCUAUCGAAUCAGCAGCCAGUGGUCAUGGAGGCUCCCCACGCUGAUUCAAAUCAUUCCAUCGGCUUAUCAAUUCUGUCUGAUCUGGUUUUGUCCGGAAUCCCCGCGGUGGUUAAUGGCAAAAGGUCGCUUUCAGGAAGCGCGUGAUAUCCUUGUCAAGUAUCAUGGUGAAUGCGACCCCAACUCGGAAUUGGUCGAGAUUGAGUGUGCGGAGAUCCAACAGGCUAUCUCCAAGGAAUCAGAAAACAAUAUGUCAUGGAUGGAUUUCUUCUCAUCUCGAGCAAAUCUGAAGCGCAUCUUCCUUUGCUUUUGUACUGCAGUGUUCAGUCAGAGUUCGGGAAACCUCCUCGUCUCCAACUAUCUUACCCAAAUUCUGAAAGACACGGGAUUGAAGACAGACUAUGAGAUCACACUCAUAAAUGGCAUGGUUACUCUAUGGCAGUAUAUUGUCGCCAUUUUCGUCACAUUGAUCAUUGAUCGCUUCCGUCGCCGGUUCUUUUUUCUUACGGGAUCUGGCGGUGUUCUUAUCACCUUUAUUGUCUGGACUAUUGCCGCCCAGCGCUAUCUUGAACAUAACUCUCUAGCGGCUGGGCGCCUCGUCAUUGCGUGUAUCUUCUUCUUCCAAGCGUUCUAUACCUUCGCUUGGACCAACCUCAUCGUCACAUAUCCCCUUGAGGUCGUUACCCUUCAGAUGCGCGCCAAGACAUGGGCUUUCGUUCUCCUUACCAUUCAAGUGUCUUCCAUCUUCGGCAGCUACGUGAACCCCAUCGGGUUGAACAAUAUCGGCUGGAAGUUCUAUAUUUACUAUUGCAUUUGGGUGCUGAUUGUCUUCCUGGUUGUCUACUUCUUCUUCGUUGAGACUGCUGGCCCAACUCUUGAGGAAUUGGCCUAUUUAUUUGAAGGCGACGAUGUCAAGGGACAAAUGGUAGAAAAGGUGGAGGAACAGAAAGAGCAGAUCCAGUAUGAGGAACGAGUGGAAAGCAAGAUCGCCUGA